UCGCUCACUGAUCGGGGUUUAAACCUACCCUUUGUUUUCUAUGUCUUUCACCCUCUGUUGCUGUAGAAAAUCUAUUUCCUUCUUUUAAUGCACCAGACUGAUUUCCGCUAGUGUUUGUAACAGUACAUCCACCAUAAGAUGGAAGAAAACCAGUUUGCGUCUUUGAGGAAAGCUGCGGAUUGUCCUCCACGCUGGUUCCCUUCUAUCCAGCACAUGCAGGCUCUCCAGGCUCAUUACCAGCAGAUGGCUAGCAUCGCUCCGAUUGUGUCUGGGCCGAUGGAGCAGAGGAUGGCGGGAGAGCAGCCAGCGCACCAGGAGCCCCGUGUCCAAGAGGACGUAGCCGCCCCAGCCCCGGCGAAAGCUCCGGCUAAGGGGAAGCGAGGAAGGCCUGCAAACAAGGAACCCAAGUCUGAGGGGGAGCCUGAACCCAAGGUCAAAGCAGGACCCAAGCCCAAGGCAGCUCCUAAAGCUAAAACAGAACCUAAAGGCAAACCAGGCCCCAAGCCGAAGAAGGCCAAGGAGGACGCGAGCAGUGGAAAGCAGGAGAAGAUUGACGAGGCUUUCAAGAAGGUCAAGAGGAAAGUGGACCGCUUUAACGGCAUGACUGAAGCUGAAGUCAUGACCAAAACCCUGCCUGACAUCCUCACAUACAACCUGGAUUUUGUGAUUAUAGGAAUCAACCCAGGUCUGAUGGCAGCCUACAUUGGCCGAUGGUUUCCUGGUCCAGGAAACCAUUUUUGGAAAUGUCUGUUCAUGUCUGGUAUUAGUGAAGUACAGCUCAACCACAUGGAUGAUCAGAUGCUACCUGAAAAGUAUGGAAUAGGGUUUACAAACAUGGUGCAGAGGGCCACACCAGGAAGCAAAGAUCUGACAAGUAAAGAGUUGCGUGAAGGGGGCAAAAUUCUUGUGGAAAAACUGAAGAAAUACAAACCACUCAUAGCUGUCUUCAAUGGGAAGUGUAUCUAUGAAAUGUUCUGUAGGGAAAUCUUUGGGUCCAAACCAAAGAAUCUUGAAUUUGGCUUGCAGCCUCUGAAGGCUCCAGACACCGAAACGCUACUCUAUCUGAUGCCUUCAUCAAGCGCUCGCUGUGCGCAGUUCCCACGUGCCCAGGACAAGGUGCACUACUACAUCAAACUGAAGGAGUUGAGGGACCAAAUCAAGGGUGUGGUUCGCAGCCAGGACAUAGAAGAAGUUCGGUACACCUUUGAUUUGGGCAUGGCUAAAGAGGAGGCCAAAAAGAUGGCAAUCAAGGAGGAGCAGUACGACCCAGGGUACGAGGCAGCAUACGGUGGGGCGUACGGAGAGCCGGGGCCUGAUCCAGAACAGAGCAAUGGCCACUGCAGCUUUGCCUCCGCUGCAGGGAGCGAUAUAUCCAGCAAGGAUGCUGGGACCGCAACAACAGUGGGUCAGGUCCUAGAUGGCCAGUGGAUGAUGCAGUCAUUUGCAGAUCAGAUCCCUGACAUCGGUGGCAACAGUAAUAGUGGGUGCGGCGGUACAUAACCUCAAACAAGAGCAGAGGUUUUUUUUUUUUUUUUAAUUUUUUUUAAAGGUAUCUGGGGUGCAGGUAGAGGAUAAGUACUGUUGUGAAAGCAGUAAUUUCCAAGGUGCUGCACAUCUCCUCAGUUUAAAAUGUUCAGCUAGUUCACACUACUGGACAGACUGGUUCUUUCUAGUGCUUAAAUCUGAGGAGGUUAUUUCCUGUUUCAACCCCCCCAGUGAAGUUAGUGCUUCAGUCCUAUUGGUCACUUCAGAUGGUAAUUUGUGAGUUUUUUUAAAUAACUAGUAACAUUUAUAUAUUGUUAGUUUUAUUUUUCAGU